AUGCACACUGACUCCAAUCCGGGCUCCAGAACAGGGGAAGCCUGUGAGCCCAAAAACCCGGCGAGCCCUCCUUUGCGAGGAGACGAAGAUGCCGCGUGUUUCGCUGCAGAGCCCUGCGCGUGCCCAGCACCGCCUCCGUCGGCUGCACCAGCCCCGAAUCAGGGCCUUCCUGACUUUCUGCCUCAUUCGGAGUCAAGGCAGAACCACAGCACCUCUGAUGAGUCUGUGACGGAAAACUCCUCCGCGGAAGUGACCAGAGACGGCAGCGAUAGGACAGCUGCAGAUGACGGUGUCCCAGCUUCACCCGCCGCCCCUCGCCACUCGAAGGACAGAUAUCACCGGAAAGUCCUCCUGCAGGGAAUCAACAGCGACGACGGCAACUCAGAUUCGAGUGGGCGUGGCGCUGGGACCGUCUUACAGAACUCGGCCGCGGCGGCCCCUCUGCUGGCGAUCGAGUGGAAGCGCUUCCCGUAUGACUUUGCGCGAGGCGAGUUCGAAGUCCAUGGGUUUCCGCUAUACGUAGAGGGACCUUCGCAGGUUCGCCCCGCGCAUCUCCAGCAAGAUGCCGACACGGGUAAGUCGGUCUGGGACGGCAGCGUCGUUCUUGCGCGUUUCGUUGAGCAGCGCCUUUUCCCUCCGGGCGGCGCGGAAGAGGAGGCUCCAUGCGUAGCAGACAACACGAAGGAUCGAUGCAAGGGACAUUCACCUCCGCCGCGAGCCGGGCGCCGGCGCGUAAUUCUGGAGCUGGGCGCGGGCCUGGGCGUCGCUGGCCUUGCCGCUGCGGCCGCCGGCACGCACAUGUCUCGGGAGCACCAGCGGCACGAGCAACAGACCCCAGUCUGCCAGGGAACUGGCACAGAAUUUUGUCAUGUACAGAGGGGCGAAAACGCGACUAGGAACUCGUCAAAUCCUAUAGGAUCCUCCGACAGAGCGGGGCGACGGGUCGACGCAGAGGAGAACGUUGUAAUUCUAACUGACCUGCCCUAUUGCCUGGGACCGCUAACGGAGAAUGUCAGGCGGAAUCGCCACUUCGCUGUAGAGAAGCAGCUGUGCCGCAGGGCGGAUGCGGACAGUGGAAGUGUUGCUGGGAACGCACAGGUCGACUCAGAAGGCGAGAUGCAAGAAGGGAAGAGCCAGGUUGCUGUGUGCCCCCUCGACUGGAACGAGCCGCAGAAGUUUGCUGAGCUUGUUGAAGGAGUCUUGAACCCUGGAGAAGUUGAAGUGAUCCUCGGUGCAGACAUUGUGUGGCUGACUAAUCUGGUAGAGCCCCUUGCUGAGACAAUCGACUGGUUUGCUGAAACAAAUAAAGAACUGAUGGAGGCGACAGGCGCGGCGACACCAACCGGAGGAGCGGAGGCGACACGCGGAAGCGUCGCCCCAUUGGUUGUGUUCCUCGCUCAUCAGACGAGAUCGGAGAAGACAGACGAUGCCAUGUUUUCCGCGUUUGCCGCCAAAGGUCUUCAUGUCGAAGUUCAGUCAUUUGACGACCCAGUCGCCAACCGAAGCACAAAUAUUCGUAUUCUGAAAAUUUGGAAAUACGCUUAG